CCCUGGGGCGGCAGUGUUGCACAUGGUUCCUUCGCCUCCCCCCGCACGGGCCUCGCACAUGGUCCGUCCCGCUCUCCCCUACGGCCGCUGCACAGCGUCCGCCCCUCAGCGCCCUGGAGUUGGUCUGUUCCAUUCCCCCCCCACCCCCCUCCCGGGGACGUUGCACAUGGCUCAUCCCAUCACACACAUCCUCUCCCCCCCCCGCACACACAUACACUUGGUCCGCCCCCGCCCUCCUCGCUCGGUGAUUGGCCCCGCGCAGGUUCCGGUUCCGGUCGGUGGACGCCGCGCGGAGGAGCGGCGGGGCCAUGGCGGCGGCGCGCCGGCUGUGAGGGGCCAUGGCGGCCCCGCACGCUGAGAAGCUGGAGGGAGGCGUUCCGGCCCCACCGCCCCCGCCGGGGCCCGCGGGCAGCGCGGCCGCCGGCGGGCCCGGCCGGAAGCAGGGGAAGGCAGGGCUGCAGAUGAAGAGCCCCGAGAAGAAGCGGCGCAAAUCCAACACGCAGGGCCCCGCGUACUCCCACCUCUCGGAGUUCGCCCCGCCGCCCACCCCCAUGGUGGAUCACCUGGUGGCCUCCAACCCCUUCGAGGAUGAUUUCGGGGCCCCCAAAGUGGGGGCGGCCCCGGCCCCCUUCCUCGGCAGCCCGGUGCCCUUCGGCGGUUUCCGCGUCCAGGGGGGGAUGUCACCGCAGGUGCCCCCCGGUUAUGGCGGGGGGCCCCAGCCCCUGCGGAGGCAGCCCCCCCCCUUCGCCCCGGGGCAGAUGGCCCCGGCUUUCAGCAUGCCCCCCCAGAACCCCAAUUACGUCCAGCCCGGGGGGAUGAGCUUCCCCGGGCAGCCCUUCAGCCAGCCCCUCGGACAGAACUUCAGCCCCCCAACGGGGCAGCUCAUGCAGGGGCCGGUUGGGGGCUUCGGGCCCAUGAUCUCCCCCACCAUGGGGCAACCCCCUCGGGGGGACAUGGGUGCUGGGCCGGCCCUCAACCCCCCCGGGGGACCGGCGGUGGCUCAACGCUUCAACCAACCCGGCAAUCUCUUUGGACAGUCGCCCAUGCAGCGCCCCGGGCAAAACAUCCCCCCCCUGCCCCCCACCGCCAGCCCCUUCCCCGGGGCUGACCCCGGCUUCCCCACUGGCGGCGAGGAGGGGGGCAAGAACCUCAACCCCCCGCCCAGCACCUUCGCCCAGGAGCAACAUUCGGGUUCCCCCGCCGCCGUCAACGGGGCGCAACCCACUUUCGCCCCCAACAGCGCCGGCCGCGGGACCGGCACCCCCGAAACCAACAGCCUCCCGCCGCCCCCCCCGGGCAAAGCGGCGGGGGGCUCGGGUCACCAGCCGCCCCCGGGGUUGGUGUACCCCUGUGGGGCUUGCCGCAACGAGGUGAACGACGACCAGGAUGCUAUUUUAUGCGAGGCUUCCUGCCAGAAGUGGUUCCACCGGGAGUGCACGGGGAUGACGGAGAACGCCUACGGGCUGCUCACCACCGAGGCCUCCGCCGUCUGGGCCUGUGACUUCUGCCUGAAGACCAAGGAGAUCCAGUCGGUCUACGUCCGCGAGGGCAUGGGACAGCUGGUGGCAGCUAACGAUGGCUGAGCCGCCCUCCUGCCGCUGCGUACGGCUUCCCCUGACGAUUUAGGACCAAACCCCCUUUUUUUGUAGCUGUUUUCCUCCCCCCGCCCCUCCCCAAGCUGGUCAGAGAGAGUGCUGGGCACCGGUUGCGGCUCCUCUCUGGGGACUGCUGCUGGGACCCGGUGCUGGCCAGCUUUUUGCUGAAGUUGGGGGGAGACUCCAGCCCCGGUGCACUGGCCCACGGAGGCUGAGGCACCCCGGUGCCCGCUCAUCUCCCAGCUCAGCUUGAGGGGGGGGGGUCAACAACCUCGCAGGGGGGAGCGAUCUGGUCCUCACUACCACCUGUGACUCCCCUCCCCGGGGCUGGGCAGUGAGCCCGGUGCCCCCCUCCAUACACACGGGGCAGUCCCGGUGCUCCUCACGCCCCCCCCCGUCCUGUCCCCCCCCCCCCCUCCCCGGUGCUCGGGACAGUCCCCGUUCAUCCCACCCACCCCCUCUCCCGGUUUUAGCCGAUCGUUAAUGGAAACUUUUGUACCGUCGCUAUAAAACUCUGAAAUCC